ACAAAUUUUGCCUACCCAAAACACUGUGAUGAACGAUCAGGAAGCGAAGAUAGAGAAAGGGAUAGAAGACGAGGCAGCACCGGAACACCACCACCGGCAACAGCAGCAGUCUCCGAUGGCGGCUUCCGCCAUGGACGGCGUCGCAGCGGCGGCUCUCCGGUUAGUCCUCCACCGCGUCCAGCAGGCCGCCGUGAGGUCCGGCCGAUCCUCCGAUCGGAUCAGAGUCGUCGCCGUCAGUAAAACCAAGUCCGUCUCUCUCAUCCGCGAAGUCUACGAUUCCGGCCACCGCUGCUUCGGCGAGAACUACGUUCAGGAGAUCAUCGAGAAAGCUCCUCAGCUUCCUGAUGAUAUUGAGUGGCAUUUCAUUGGGAAUUUGCAAAGUAACAAAGUGAAGCCUCUCCUGGCUGGUGUACCAAACCUAGCAGUGGUGGAGACUGUAGAUGAUGAGAAGAUUGCAAAUCAACUUAACCGUGUGGUGGCAAACAUAGGAAGAAAUCCUUUGAAAGUCUUUGUCCAAGUAAACACCAGUGGAGAAGAAUCGAAAUCAGGAGUCGAUCCAUCUGGGUGCGUGGAACUUGUGAAGCAUGUUAGUUUGGCCUGCCCAAACCUUGAAUUUUGUGGCCUGAUGACAAUAGGGAUGCCAGAUUAUACUUCAACACCAGAGAACUUUAAGACAUUAGAGAAUUGUAGAAGUGAAGUUUGCAAAGCACUUGGAAUAGCAGAAGAGCAGUGUGAGCUAUCAAUGGGAAUGUCUGGCGACUUUGAGUUGGCUGUUGAAAUGGGAAGUACCAAUGUGAGAAUUGGAUCUACAAUAUUUGGAGCGAGGGAGUAUCCGAAAAAACAAUCAAACUAGCAAUUUAAACUUCGUUGCUGCAAGAGCCAAGCCCGUGUUGGCGUAAAAUUUAAGUUGCAGUUAUCAUGGCAGAGCUCACUCCCAAUUAUGCUGUUCAAUGGUGGGAUCUCCAUUGAUUUUUUUUCCAUAUCUCAACAUCUAGAUUGAUUUUAAAGGAUAUUAUACUAUUAACUUGUCUGGAUAUACACCAAUAGCCUGAGCUAUACAGAGGGGUUUGUAGACUCUGGGUACUUAUUAUUCGCACUGUUGUUAUGCUGUGGCUCCUAAAUAGUUAAAUCACUUAUUGCAAAGAGAAAAGGAUUAUGCUGAUCUGGAAUCUUGAUACAUUCAGAGAGAUUGAUAAUCCAGUUGUAUGUAGAGUUUUGUUCUAAUAUGUUCCAUGAUAUGGUUGAGAUUGUUCCAUUGUACUGGAUUGUUUGUUAUGAACAUCUGAAGGACGUCAAACUCAGUUUCUCAGU